GUCAGAGUUUAUGGUCCUUAGUGUAAACGGGUCUUAACGCUUAGUACUCAAGAUCAAAACAUCUGAAAUCUAAUUCAAGUGUACUUCUUGAAAGCGUGUAGUGUACUUGAUGAACUAUUGUUUUCAACCUCCUCCAGAGAAUUAAAAACCAUUUGCUGUGAAGUUUUUUUUAGACAGUUUUGUGCUCAUAAUAGGAGUGAUCCAGGUUUGUUGCAUCACUUUGCAGUGUAGAAACGCAGUGAGAUCAUUGAGCUGCAGCUGAAAGGUUGAAGGCUUGAAGCUGAAACCUUCUUUUGCUCUUCAGAGUUCCAGAGUUAAAGACUGACUGAAACUCCUGUAGUUUGUAUCUGGUGUGAGGCGGCAGUGAAUGCACAAUGAUUCGUGUGUAACUGAGCUGCUCAGAGAUUGAUCAAGACCCCAGUUGAUGGCGAGAGUCGCGAGCGCCGCCUAGUGUCUGCAGGUGAUGAUGACACGAUCCGACUCUCACAGGCUCCAGUCCCUUCAGAUCAUAUGAACUUUCGCCGCGCUUCCAUUCGUGCGCAACAGUCAAAGUUCUGAAGUCUUUGACGCGAUCAAGAGUGUUUUCAUUUUCAAAUGUAAUCCGGUGUCACUCCGGUCCUCGACGGAAUGCCAUUUUCGCGUGAUAUUCCCGUCUGUGGUUUAUUCCAGCAUGUGUUUGGAGGCGGAGUGACUGACUGACAUCCAUUCAUCAUAUAAAAGGGAAGUUGAGCGGCUGAACAUCAGAAACUCUCUCUCUCUCUUUCUCUCGCUGUCAUAUGAUUGAUCAUGAAUACGAUGAAGGCGCUGAAAAGCGCGCUCGUGUGCUUGGUCAUCUUACCGCGAUUUCUCGUCGCCGCGUUCAUGCUGUGGUGUCUUGAUUUUCUGUGCGUGAGAAAGAGAGUUUUAUUCCAUCACGGCGAGGAAGAGGAGGAGGAUGAAGACCCUCCGCUGUGCGUCUCCGACAACAACCGCAUGUUCAGCUGGGAGUCGCUCAAAGCGGUUUUCCACGGACACAAGCUGGACUGGAUGAAGUCCGCGCGCCUCGGCCACGCAGCGCCCAACAGUGAAGUGGUUCCGCUCGCGGAGCUCAAGCGCAAACGCAUCCUGGAGUUCGCGCGCGGUCAGCGGCCGCUGGUGCUGAAUUUCGGCAGUUGCAGCUGACCGCCGUUCAUGAAGCGCCUGAAGGUGUUCCAGCGGCUCGUGCUUCAGUACGCGGACAUCGCCGAUGCUCUGGUGGUUUACAUCGAAGAGGCGCAUCCGUCCGACGGCUGGAUCAGUUCCGACGCGCCGUAUCAGAUCCGCAAGCACCGGAGUCUGGAGGAGCGACUGAGCGCCGCGCGGCUGAUGGAGCGCGAGGCGCCGGGCUGCGCGAUAGUGGCCGACAGCAUGGAGAACUCUUCCAACAGCGCGUACGGGGCUUAUUUCGACAGACUUUAUAUCGUGCAGGACGGGAAGGUGGUGUAUCAGGGCGGUAGGGGACCGGAGGGCUACCGGAUCUCCGAGCUCCGACACUGGCUGGAUCAGUACCGCGAGCGUCUGCGCGAUGCCGUGAUUCGACUGUAGAAGUGAGGCGACUUUCACGAGCUGCUGCGGGAAGAGAAGAGUUUCCCGGGACCGACUGACCUCGUCAUGACUGUUUCCAGCCGAGAGCAUCUUCUGUGGAAGCUCAUUCCCGACACAGGAGGAGGAAAAAUCACGCUUUUGUCAAUUAUAAUUGACACAAAAAUAUCUCAUAGCCACUUUAAUCUCAAAAUGAUCAUUUAGUACUUCAUAACUUUGACUUUUUAUCUCAUAAUUGUGACUUUAAUCUCAAAAUGAUCAUUUAGUACUUCAUAACUUUGACUUUUUAUCUCAUAAUUAUGACUUUAAUCUCAAAAUGAUCAUUUAAUACUUCAUAACUUUGACUUUUUAUCUCAUAAUUGUGACUUUAAUCUCAAAAUGAUCAUUUAGUACUUCAUAACUUUGACUUUUUAUCUCAUAAUUAUGACUUUAAUCUCAAAAUGAUCAUUUAGUACUUCAUAACUUUGACUUUUUAUCUCAUAAUUGUG